UAGCAUUGAUCCGCGGGAAAUUCAGUACCACUGAAACGACACAUCUGUUUGGAAUAUUUGGAUAUACUAAACACGACCUUUUGGGGUUAAAUAGCGCCACAAGCUUCUCUCCGAGUGGUGCUUGUCAAACACUGUCUGAAAAUGUCCAAGAAGAAGGGACUCAGUUUGGAGGAGAAGAGGACUCGUAUGAUGGAGAUUUUCUUUGAAUCUAAAGACGUGUUCCAGCUUAAAGACAUUGAGAAGAUCGCCCCCAAGUCAAAAGGCAUUGCUCCAAUGACUGUGAAGGAAGUGCUGCAAAGCCUGGUAGAUGACAACAUGGUGGACUGUGAGCGAGUCGGCACAUCCAACUACUACUGGGCUUUUCCAAGUAAGGCCUUACAUGCUCGCAAGCACAAACUGGAGGAGCUGCAGAAACAGGUUUCUGAUGCUAAGCAGCGAAAAGUGUCUCUCGAGGAAGCGGCUGAAAAGGCAAAAGUGGGACGUGAAGAUACAAAAGAAAGAAGCUGUCUCCUGAAGGAGCUGCAGUCUCUGAGAGACGAGCAAAAGCAGCUGCAGGCCGAGCUUGAGAAAUACCGAGAAUGUGACCCUGAGGUCAUCCAAGAAAUUAGAAAGUCAAACGUUGUUGCAAAAGAAGCUGUGUCCAGAUGGACGGACAACGUUUUCGCCAUCAAGUCUUGGACAAAAAAGAAGUUUUCUUUCGACGACAGCCGCAUCGACAAAGCCUUUGGCAUCCCUGAGGACUUUGACUACAUGGACUGAUCAGAACAUCCUACAUUUGGGGGGUGUGGGGGGGAAAGAAGGCCACAGAAAUGUUCUCUUUGUUUAAGCUUCGGUUUCCAGUUGUCUUCUUUUCAAGUUUCUGUUUUGAGCCCUGGAUCUAAGGUCGAUGCACACAGAUUUGGAUUGUUUUACCGCUUCAGGGGGGAUCUUGGUGAGCUCACCAACAUGGGUGGACUUUAUCAGCAGAGACACUGCUUAGGUGCAACUAGAGAAGAAACCAAGCAUUAAGGAGUGGGAGUGGGUGGUGGGGGUUAUCUGAUAAACAGACUUCUUGGACACCUGUUUGGAUGAAAACUGAGACAACCAAGCUGAUGACGGAAGCAAAUCAACACUCGGUGCAUCUGCAUCUCUAAUUGGGGCAUUUAUGUCUGGUAUGUUUUCUCCCACACUUUCCAUCUUUUCUUUUUUCAGUAUAGAGCUGCCUCAUCUGUAAAGCAGUUACAUGGAUGCUUCAGGAAGAAGUUUAGGGGUAAUGUUUGUAAAUAAUUACUACUUCAAAAGCAUUAAAGUUAUUUUUUAUUGCAGAAAAUGUAGUUCUUGUAACAGUUAUUACUGUUUUACUAAGUUUUUUUUUCUUUUCUUUUUUUUUUUACACAUCAGUCUUCUGCUUUAUGUCUGUGCAUACACACUCAUUAAAGCAUGUCUUUCACUGCAGCUGCACACUGACUUUCUGUAUGUACAGAAAAGGGAACUCUGUUGUCUUAAAAUGGACAAAAUGACUGUUGCCCUGUUUCCUCUCUCCGCUUUCUGCUUAAACAAGUUCAAAAUUAGGUAUUUGGUUGUUCUGUGUUUACUCAUCUGACCUAGUUGUACGUGUUGGUUGGCUAAUUUAAAUUUCAAAUGUACCAUUUGUGGGUGUCACAUCAUCAUAUUGCUGCCUCAAGGUUUUUUUUAAUCCCCGCCCCUUAUCUUCUUGCGUUUCCUCUCAAGCAGAAAUGUAAUUUUUUUUAAAUGGUCUAGGGGAGUGACUGUGUUGGUCUACAAUUGCUUUGCAGAGCAACCUGGGUGUAACCCACCUGAUAACAAGUGGGAUAGGCUCUAGCUCCUUCAACUGAUGUAGGAUGUUUUUCUCUUUUUGUAUUUGCAAUCAUACAACUUUAGAUGUGCAGCACUGUCUUUAAUGUGCAAUGAACCACUAAUAUCAAUGCAGCUCAUAGGGGAAGUAAAAAAAAAAAGUUCCAGUUUUAAGAACGCUGACACACCCACAUUUGUGAAAAGUUGCCUCAUGCAGGUACCUACCUGCCCAACCUGUCCCAACCAUGAUUCAUUCAGCUGACAUGCUGCCUGUCAACACCUUCAUUACAGCUGGUAGAGUUUCACUCUCUGGCUUUUGUAGAACAUUUAGAUUCAGCUUUUAAUCUCUACCUUUGUUCCCUGAAGACUUCUAUGGAAAUUACACACCGACAAAAGGAAUAUUAAUUUAAUGCCAUUAUUCUUAAAUAAGAAUGUUCUUAAAAUCAAGUCAGAAAUAACCCAAGGAUACUAGGCACAUCAUAUACUCAAAUUUUUGGUAAUAUGCUGUUGCAAAUAUAUAAAUGGAUAAGUCAUUUUGCCUCAAAUGUGUCUAGUUCUCAGAUGCUACUUUGCAUAAGAAGCAAAUGAACUGCUGUCAAGUUCAGGGUCAGCCAUCAUCUGUACUCAUCCAAAACCUUUGAAGUUUUAUCUUACACAAUGAACGUUAAUAGCUACUGGGAUAAACUAUAUAUACUUCUGCAGUGUAUAUAAAUAUGUUUUGGUGUGAAAGAAAUUCUUGAAAUUCCACUGAAAGAUUUUGGAGAAAGUAUAAAAGUGUGAUGGAUCCAAAAUGCGCCUCAUAUUAGAAAGGCAGAUGC